UCCGCUCUCCGCGGUUCCGGGCGCUGCGUUAUAGCAUGUUUCAUUCCCACGUGGAGAUUACGUGUUUUUCGUUUGUGUUUCAGUGCUCAUCUAAGAUUGUUUAAAAAUAAUUUUCCGACGUCUCCGGAGGAAAUAGAUUCCUGCUUCUGUGUUUCGCACAACUAUCGGGUUAAUUUUCCAACUUCCUCGUUCAUCGAUUUCCUCACGGAUUGAAGCUGUGAAUUUUCACCCUAUGUUUUGAACGUUUACGCUUAGCCUUUCGAGCUAUGACAAUACUUUGAAAACAGUUGUGUCGGUUUUGUAGAUGUUUUUUUCUUGUAUCCUCGUCAUGAACAUCUAAGUGCUUAAUUUAACCUUGGUAUUGAGUGGUAAAAGUUAUAAACGAGGAAUUUUCGUCAAAUUUUAUGUGGAUUGCAAAGCAUCAUUUCUUUCCGCUGAAAGUGCGAAUUGAAAAUUUUUUGGAUCUAUUGAACGGUGACAAAUCGAUUUUUGGAAGAAAAAUUAUUUUUUUGUUGUAACACUGUGCCCUAUGUAAGUGAAAAAGUGAAACAGGUGCCCUCGUUUUUUUCGUGAUUUAAAAAAAAAAAAUAAUUAUAUAAUUGCAAUUCCUCCCUAGAUUGAACCGGUUGAAUUGUAUUUUUAAAGCUUUGUACUUUUUUGUGCGGAUUCAAAAUCUUUUGACGAAGCAAAAGCUUAAAAAUAUCGUAAUAUUUGGAAUAAUUUCCCUAACUGAUUAUUCCAAAAGUGUCUACUGUUUUUUCGAAAUUCAGCUCAAGCUCAGGUUAUAAUUUGCAUCCCCUCCCACUUCUCGGUAUAUCGUGUUAAGGGUACAUCUCGGCAGUUUCAAAGCCUCAGUGUGUUUAAAGUUUCCCAAGCUCUCAAGUAUCAGAAAAAGGGCUAGAAAGGAAUUAACUUAAGCCCUUCCCCUCCGUCCGGAUAUUAGACUACUCGCCACGUAAAAAAGCAUUUCACAAGUUGGCCCGCCCAAUUGAAUUUUGCACCUCGGAGUUGUUAUCUUUUUUAAAUAAUUUCGGAUAUAAAGUUUAGGAUUGGAUCCGAAGAUUUGAUCCGAGCGAGUUUGGACUCGAGGGAAGUUGAAGCCGGUGCAGCUUUCGAGCUUUCCCCCGGAAAGUUUCUUGCGACGGGAACUUAAUUCAGGCAUGCCUCGCGCCCGCACACUAAUUUGAUGAUGGAAGCUAAAAAAGCACAUCAAUCGGUGGAAAGUUAAAUGAUAUGAGGAAUGCUGCAACUCGAGGUUUUAUUGCAUCAAUCAGAAAAUGACGGGUCAGGAAGAGAACUGGCUGGUAGCUUAUGAUUGAAGCAUGGAUGCACAGCAAUUAAUCGCUCAGACCUAUCUACCCAAAAGAGCGUACCCAAGUCUUGGAAGCAAUGGCACUGUGGGCUAUUACAUCCCACAGAAUGCUAUUCUUACGUUCGCACGUCCUUUGGGACGGAGGAGGCUCAUAGCUAAAACUUUAAAGGCCUUGCUGAUAGUAAUUAUGCUGAUAACCAUCGGAAUCAAUGUCAUUUUCAUUUUGGAUACAAGUCAUCGUCUUCAGGAAGAAACCUCAAACUCUGUUGAUAUUGACCUGAACAUUGAAAGUGAUGGAAGGAAAACAUCCCGACAUUUGGAGAACUCUCUGCGGUUUCUGAGCAUUGAAGUACUCUCCAGUCAGUCUAAAGUUUCAGUCUCAGUAAAUGGUGCAACGAUUUUAGAGGAUGGUGGACAGCAAACUGGCAGAGGCAUUCAUGUUCUCGUCCUGAGUCAGUCAAGUGGUAAUGUAAUGGCACAGCGGGUCUUUGAUACAUAUUCUCCUCAUGAAGACGAUGCCAUGGCUCUAUUUUUGAAUAUGGUGUCUGAUAGUCGAAUCAUCAUUUUUGCUAUUAAGGAUGAAGGCACAUUUCAAAUGAAGCAGGCAGCAAGAGACUUGAUUAAAAGGCUCGGCUCUCAGCAUGUCCAGAUAAUUGGUUGGAGAGAUAUGUGGGCUAUGGUCACACAAAAAGGGGGUAAAAUGUUUGGAGAAACGUACAGCAAGAGUUCAGAUUUCAGUUCAUGGGGUGCCGCAGUUUUAUUAAAAACAGAGGUUCCCCUAGUUCCUUUUGAAGAAAGUGAAUGUGAUUGGCCAGAAUCUGAAGAAAAUGUUCGCAGAAAAGAAUUUUGCAGCAACAUCGAGGGUUAUGGCAGUGUUUGUUGCUGCAAUGAUCCUGCUUCCUUAACAUUUCAGCCAGAACAGUUCCCAAACAAUCAAGUGGCCGAUGUUCCUGUCGUUAUUAUUGCCAGUAACCGCCCACAUUAUCUCUACAGAAUGCUUCAAUCGCUACUUUCAGCACAAGGUGUCAAUAAAGACAUGAUAACUGUCUUCAUUGACGGGUAUUUCGAUGAGCCGCUUCAAGUAACAAAACUCUUUGGUCUAAGAGGCAUUCAACACACUCCGAUCGGAGUAAAAAAUGCACGCAUAUCACAACAUUACAAGGCUUCCUUGACUGCCACUUUCAGCCUGUUUCCUAAAGCAAAAUACGCCAUCGUGUUGGAGGAGGAUUUAGAUGUUUCGCCCGAUUUUUUCAGUUAUUUCAACCAAACUUUGAAUCUGCUGGAGAAAGACAGCAGUAUAUACUGCAUCUCAGCAUGGAACGAUCAAGGGUAUGAGCAUACAAGCAGUGAUGUUACACAGCUUCAGCGUGUGGAAACUAUGCCAGGACUAGGUUGGGUCUUGAAACGAUCAUUGUAUAAGGAUGAACUUGAGGUCAAAUGGCCAACCCCAGAAAAGAUGUGGGAUUGGGACAUGUGGAUGAGAAUGCCUGAAAUCCGCAAAGGGAGAGAAUGCAUUAUUCCGGAGGUCUCACGAACUUAUCAUUUUGGCUCGCUGGGUCUCAAUAUGAACUCUUAUUUCCAAGACACCUAUUUCAAAACUCACUCUUUCAACACGCAGCCUAUCGUGAAACUAUCUAAUAUAGAAAGUGUUAUGAAAGAUAAUUAUGAGAAAUUAGUCAUUCAAAUGAUCAAAAAAGGUGUGAUACUGGACCAUAGCAAGUCUCCUUGUGAAGAGAACUUCUUGCCUGAUUCUAAAGACAGUGUAUUUAUUAUGUAUAUCAAAAUGGAAGCACCGAAGGACCAUCAAACAUGGUUGGAAGUUGCUAAGUGCUUCAAAAUCUGGGACUUGGACGCUCGUGGCUAUCACAAAAGUAUGUGGCGGCUUAGGAUGAAGAAAAGUGAGCUGCUGGUGAUAGGUGUUCCUAACUCUGAAUACUCGGUGUACAAACCUGCUAACGUAACACCAAUCUACCUAGAAAGUCAAAAUGCGAAGCAUAAAGUAAGCUAGCAGCAAGUAACUGUCUAGUCUUUUGUAGUCAAUGUUGAUUGAAAGUCAUCAUUGCUCCUUAAAUUCCAAAACUGUUGAACCAAUUUUAAGAUUUUAAAAGUCGUUAUUCUUAUGUGCCUCUACUCAUAUAUAUUUUCACUUUACGUGUAAUUUUUUUUGUACUAUAUACAACUAAUCUUAUUUUUUUUCUUCAAUACGAGCAAAAAUGUCAGUCUCGCCCAUGUCAAUCAAAAAUUGCGCAGGCUCUGAGGUUUUGACAAAUUAUGCAUGAAUUUCGAGUCAAUAAGUACCAUGUUUCACCAUAUCUUAAAGUAUUAUCUGAAUUAGUCCAAGAACUUGUAUGUUAAUUAAGGUGUCUUUAAAGUUUGUGUUCUCGACGAAUUUCUCAACCCAUUCAUAGAUUAGUUUAAUUGUCAGGGCCAUUAUGAAGGAAUUGUGCAUCAAGUUAACUUGCUCUGUUCAUGGGCAAUUGUUUUGGUUGUGUUUGUCUGAAUGCUCAAUAGACAGUGCCAUGGGUAUUGCUCUAAAGAUCAUUCAAGGGCACUCUAUUGCCAUCCUGGUUACUUGCAAUGCUGAGUGUGGUAGACAAAAAAAUGCUAGCAGGUGAAUGGGUUGAAAAAAAGUCUAGCACAUAAGACUACUGUCUGAAAUAAGCAGAAAUUAAUUUUUACUGUGCAAUAAGAAAUCACUAAGUGUUCAUUACUUCUCUGACGAUGAAAAAAGUUUAGAUAGAAAUUCUCAAUAUCUUUUACUCUGAUACAUUGUGUUGGACUUUAGCCAUCAAUAUAGUUCAGUCAUGAUAUUUCAAGUUUAUCCUUUUGCUCUUUGAUAGACGAGAGAACUAGAACCUUAAUUUGCAAAAAUGUAUCUCAACAAUAAUUUAAGUUUUUCUAAUGCUCAAAUUUGCCCUCUAAAAUUCUUCUGAAGAAUACUCGGAAUUUUUUUGUGGAAAACAUUCCACGGACAGGAAGUAUUAAGGAAUUAACUUUUUCUGAAUGCUUUUUUGACGAAUGUUGAUGUUUGAAAACAUGAAUUUUUUGAAAACCGCCCAUGAAAUCCUCCAGUCUCCAAAAGGAGUUUCGUCUAAGGGAGUAAGCUGAGUGUAGUUUUAUCAAAAACUGUACUGAGACAAGCUUCAUUUAGGGGGUUUGCAAACUUCUAAUGGUUAAGAAGGUGAGAAAGAGUCAUAAAGAAUCAGUAGACAUCAAAGGACCCUUUUUUUCAGCCAAUAUUCUAAAUUUGAACAUUUUUUAUCAGUGUUUCGGAUAUUUCUGCAUGGGUGAUGGUAUGCACACACCAUGUGGUUUGUAGGGUGAAAUUAAGUUUGGAGAAGCAAGUGUCUAUAUUUUUUUCUCUGCAUUAUUCCUUUUAUGGACUAUUUAUACCGUUUUCAGAAAACUGGAAGAGGUUGUGAACCGUUCCAAGAUACACAAUUUUUGUAGUCACUUGUUUUGGUAUUUCAGGAAAUGUGUUUUGCUUGUUAUUUUUCUUGUGGCAAAGAAAAUGUCACAUGUAGGUUAGACCUAUCAUGAAAUAUCCAGUACUGGUAAUGACCCUCGUUUUGAACUGUGGCAUGACUUUAGUUUUCUUGUUGCCAUUCUGAUAAUUCUAAGUUUGUCUCUUUUGUCAAUUCGACUAUGACUCACAAUUAGAAGAUAUAUAUGCCCUCUUACUCAAAUUCAUAGCCUCACAGUUUCCCUCAUUUUUAGAUGUUGGCUACAAUCUACAUGAGUUGUAAUAAAUUGAAACGUUUUGACAAUAGUGUACGCUGUAUUGAAAAUACACAUGCGUCAGAAUGCAUAUAGUAUUCAUAAUUCUUCCCUAGAGCAUUUCAGUAUCUGCAUACAAGCUGACAACAGAUAUAUAUUUAUAACAAUAACAUAACAAGAGCAUUCCUCUUUUUGAUUUUCCAAGUUUUUCAUGAAGCAUGAAAAAAUGAUCAGUAUCUUUCAAAGAGUGAGUCAACAGCACUCGUGACGUUCAAGAUUAUGCGUACAUGUAAUACUGCCUCUAAUAGUUUUGCGUCAAUACUCCAUGUAAUUUUUGUUAAAGUGUACAUUGAUUUAUUUGUCCUCUGUGAUCCUUCAUAUUUAAGUUAUUUAUUUUCAUCCUAGUAAUUCGGUUUUUUCAAUGGGAAUGAAAAAACUCACGUACGUCAUCAUGACCAAAACUGACUGUGUUUUCCUAGUUGAUAUUCUUCCAAUUUUAAUCGACUUAGUUACUAAAAGAAUUGUUAAUUUUUUAUCCUCGACAUACAUAAUUUAAAUUGAUUCAAUUGUU